GGGGGAUAGAAAUAACGUGGCGCCGUUUUAGACGCUGGGGGGAGUGCACGGCCCCUCCCUCAGUCUCCGGCCCAGUUUCAGCGAUCUCCACAGAAGCCUCUGAGGCCACCCCCAGAGAACGUCAGGAUGGCCGAGGAAAAGAGUGAAAAACUAGUGAUGGAAGAAACUGCAUUUGAAGAAAUGGAAAGGGAUUUUCAGGAGGUUCUCAAUGAACUUUCAGGAGACAAAAGUCUGGAGAAAUUUAGGGUUGAAUAUGAGAAGCUUCAUGCUGUCAUGAAAAAGUCUUAUGACAAUGAAAAGCGUCUGAUGGCCAAAUGCAGAGAGUUAAAUGCGGAGAUCGUCGUCAAUUCUGCGAAGGUUGCCACUGCCCUGAAGCUCUCUCAAGAUGACCAGACCACCAUUGCCUCCCUAAAGAAGGAAAUCGAAAAGGCCUGGAAGAUGGUGGACUCAGCCUAUGAUAAAGAGCAGAAGGCAAAGGAGACGAUUCUUGCCCUGAAAGAGGAGAUAGUGAACCUCACCAGACUAGUUGAGCAAGGGUCUGGACUGUCAAUGGACCAUGACAGCAAUAUCCGAGAUUUGCUGAAGUUCAAAGAAGAAGUGACAAAGGAGCGAGACCAGCUUUUGUCAGAAGUGGUGAAAUUACGGGAGUCCUUGGCUCAGAACACGGAACAGCAGCAGGAGAUGGAGCGAGCCAGAGAAGAGGCAGAGCAGACCAUCAGCCAGUUCCAACAAGAAAUCCAGCAACGUCAGAAUGAGGCUUCACGGGAGUCCCGGAAGAAGGAAAAAUUAGAGAAAGAGCUCAGGCAGAUUCAGACAGACAUGGACAGCAGGCAGACGGAAAUCAGGGCCCUGCAGCAGUACGUGCAGAAGAGCAAGGAGGAGCUUCAGAGGCUGGAACAGCAGCUGAAGGAGCAGAAGAUAUUGAAUGAGAGAGCUGCAAAGGAGCUGGAGCAGUUUCAAAUGAGAAAUUCUAAACUUCAGCAAGAGAACGAACAACACAGUUUGGUUUGUGAGCAGCUAUCCCAGGAAAACCAGCAGAAGGCAUUGGAGCUCAAAGCCAAAGAGGAAGAAGUCCAUCAGAUGCGCCUCGACAUCGGGAAGCUCAACAAAAUCAGAGAACAAAUACAUAAGAAAUUGCACCAGAUUGAGGAUCAGAAGGCAGAAGUGGAACAGCACAAGGAAACUCUAAAAAAUCAGAUCUUGGGGUUAGAGAGAGAGGUGGAGACUUCAAAGAAACAGGCGGAACUUGAUAAGAAAGCAAUGGAUGAGCUUCUGCGAGAAAGGGACAUAUUAAAUAAGAAUAUGCUUAAGGCGGUCAACGCGACCCAGAAACAGAUAGACCUGGUAAAGCUCCAUGAACAAGCCAAGAGGAACCUGGAGGAAGAGAUCCAGAACUACAGGGAUGAGGCUCAGAAGCAGAGGAAGAUCAUCUUUCAGCUGGAGAAGGAUCGAGAUCGGUACAUCAACGAAGCCAGCGACCUCACCCAGAAGGUCCUCCUGAACAUGGAAGACAUAAAAGUCCGUGAAAUGCAGAUUUUUGACUACAGGAAAAAAAUCGCCGAAUCGGAGACUAAAUUAAAACAGCAACAGAACCUGUAUGAAGCUGUCAGGUCAGACAGGAAUCUGUACAGCAAAAAUCUGGUUGAGGCUCAGGAUGAAGUGACAGAAAUGAAGAGAAAAUUAAAGAUUAUGACCCAUCAGGUAGAUCAGCUGAAAGAAGAAAUCUCUGCCAAAGAGUCGGCACUUGUGAAGCUACAUCUGGAACAGCAGCGCAUAGAAAAGGAGAAGGAAACCUUGAAGGCCGAGCUGCAGAAGCUGAGACAACAAGCCCUGGAGACCAAACACUUCAUUGAAAAGCAGGAAGCUGAAGAGAGAAAACUCCUGCGAAUCAUUGCUGAGGCUGAUGGGGAGAGGGUGAGACAGAAGAAGGAGUUAGACCAGGUGGGAAUGUCUCCUCACCAGGCCUACAGACCCCAUCAGCAGACACAACUCUUCACGAAGCCUCGGUCUUCUCCAAGCUCUUCCAUUCAGUCUACUGGAAGAACAGCAGCAGAGGUCAUCAGCGAGAGAGAUAUCUUGGGGUCACAGCUUGUUCGGCGCAAUGAUGAGUUGGCUUUGCUCUAUGAGAAGAUCAAGAUCCAACAAUCUGUGCUGAAUAAAGGCGAGAGCCAGUACAACCAGAGGUUGGAGGACAUGAGAAUCCUCAAACUUGAGAUCAAGAAGCUUCGCCGGGAAAAGGGGAUUCUUGCCAGGAGUGUGGCUAAUGUUGACGAACUCAGACAGGAGCUUUUCCACAUGCAGAGAGACUUCUUGAAGGAGAGGACGCGAUGCCGGGCCCUGGAGGAGGAACUGGAGAACCCCAUGAACGUGCACAGGUGGAGGAAGCUCGAGGCCAGUGACCCCAGUACCUUUGAGCUGAUACAGAAAAUUCACACCCUGCAGAAGCAUCUCAUCAGCAAGACGGAAGAGGUGGUUGAAAAAGAGCUGCUCCUUCAGGAAAAGGAGAAGCUGUAUGUGGAACUAAAGCACAUCCUGGCCCGGCAGCCUGGGCCGGAGGCGGCGGAGCAGCUGCAGAUCUACCGCCACACGCUGCGGGAGAAGACCAAGCAGCUUAAAGUUUUGUCUUCAGAAUUGAAUAUGUAUGAAUCACAGAGCCAAGAAUAUAAGUAUGAGAUUGAGAAACUUACCAAUGAACUGCUAGAGUUAAAGAAGAAAUACCUCGCUCAGAAACGUAGAGAACACAUUCAGAAAAACAAGGACAGAAUAUCCAUGGAUAACACCUUCCCGGUGGUCAAACCAACUGGCUCUCGUUUUACUGGGGGUGGAUUUCCCCUCAACAAGUCACCCAAGGUGAAGUCCUAACUUAAAGCAGCUGGCUGGGUCCAGUUGAACAGCUCAUGAAAUUCUCUCUGGAACAUUGUGGAGGACUCUCUUUCAAAUCCCUUGGAUCACAGAUAUUUAGGGAAAUCAGUACUCAGAUUCCAGGAUGGAAAGAAAUGCAGGACUAUCAUAGUCAUGUACAUAUCACAGUGAUGACAUUCUCCUUGGUCUACAUGGAUAUUAACAGAUUGUAAUGAUAUCUAUUCAGUUAGGCCAACCCAUUGCAUGAAGCAGAUCUUUGGUUACUACCAUGUUGAUUGAUUGGAAAUGCACCACGUCUAGAAUCUCUGUAUGGAUGAAGCUUUGAAUCUUAAUUUCUCUAUUAUAAACAUUGGUGCACUUGAGGGUUUUAUAUAUAAAAAAUAUUUUUGAAAUACAGUGCCUUCUUAUUAAUAAGAAUCUAUUUUAAUUAUUCCUCAUUAAGAAGUCAUUGCAUGAGAAGAGAAAGGAAGACAAACUCAAAUAUUUAAAAAGUGUUUUGAGAAUGAUUUCUAUGUGGAAUUUCUUUUCAGGCCUGGAGUAUGAAAAUCUAUUCCAAAGAGACAUGCUAAUAAAUACUUCAUAUAAAAAAUAAAAAAGAGCCUUUGUAGAGAUUUUGAUCUUUGCUUUGGUAGAGUAUGUAAUUAAAGUUUAAAACUACUGUAAGAAAUGUUUAACAUGAGGAUUUGAUUCAGAGGAACUAAGACUGUAAAAUGAGGAGUUUGGGCUAGUAUCCUCAGAAGGGCUAUCCUUUCUAGACCUCACACUUGGAGAACGGCGUUUCAUAGGAGAGGAAUCUGUUUGGCUUCCAGGCUGCAGGCCAGCAUUUUGAGCCACUGUAUUUUUUUUGUUGUUGAAGCUACAAUUUUGUGAGCACCAGUUCAGCGUUCCCUCAUUAAGGGUGUUCCUUCAGUAAUAUUAUGCAAGGACACUGUGCCCAUCUCUCUCACAAUAAUUUGAUCUCUGUAAUUUUUGAAAAUUUUGGGGAGUAAGUAGCUCAGGGAUGAGCAAGGACAAUGUAAGUGGAUUAUUCCAUUUGUGUUAUAGGACCAAGGUUUCCAACGAGAGGAGCGGAAGACUUAAUGAUCCCAAGAUGCUUGUUCAGAUUCUACAAAGAUGUGGGGUUUUAGAGGGAUUUGCUGCAUAUUCUGCUGGCCCUCUUGGUUCACCACCAGCAGCCAAGCCAAGACAAUGAUGGCCAUGAAAGUGAUUUAUUAUGAAGUGAUUCCAGGAAAUCCAGUAAGA